ACCAAAAGUCAGCGCCUUGUUUUGUCUCUCUCUUUUUUUUCUUUUUUCUUGAGUGCAGAGAAACUGAUCAAAGAGGAGGCAGAGACAAAGGUACAGAUUCUCAGAGCAGAGUUUGUCCGAGAAAUGGAAGACGAUUGGGAUCUCCACGCCGUCGUCAGAGGCUGCUCCGCCACGCCCUCCGCCGUCUCUGACUUUUACUCUGUUUCUUCCAAUUCCAAUUCCAUCCCUUUUACUUUUGGUAGAGACCAAACCAACGACCACUUUUUCUCCCUUCAAGAUCCAUUUGAGGGACCCAAUUCCGGCGAGGAAUUGCAUGAGCUUUUCAAGCCCUUCUUCCCCAAAUCUCAGCCCCCUCCGCCGCCGCUCCUCCCUUCUCCGGCCGCCGCUCUCUCCUCUCUUUCCGGCCCCAAACAGAAACAACUCCACACCCAUCUCCCUAAACACCUCCAUUCAUCCUCCGUCGCCGCCCCAAGAUCUAAAAGACGGAAGAAUCAGCUGAAGAAAGUUUGUCAAGUUCCGGCGGAGUCUCUGUCGUCGGACAUAUGGGCUUGGCGGAAAUAUGGGCAGAAACCCAUCAAGGGAUCUCCAUAUCCCAGGGGAUACUACAGAUGUAGCAGUUCAAAGGGUUGCAUGGCCCGGAAACAAGUGGAGAGGAACAGAUCCGACCCGGGAAUGUUCAUCGUCACCUACACGGCGGAGCACAACCACCCGGCGCCGACGUACUUUUGCUUUUCUGGAAAAGCAUAG